CCCUGGAUCGCCUACACGGACCCCAAGUAUGAGGGGCAGCCGCAUGCCUUUGAGGAGGGUGAGUACCCCUCUGUGGAGAGACCCAACAGCUUCUCGGCACUGCGCCUCGUGCACCAUGACCUGGGAGACCCCCAGAUCACCCUGUAUGAGCACCCUAACUUCCAAGGUGCCUUCAAAGUGGUGACAGAGGAGACCAACUUGGCGUAUGGAUACUUCAACGACCGGGUGGCGUCCCACAUGGUGCAGAGAGGUGUCUGGCUACUGUACCAGCACCCGGGGCGGGGGGGCUGGCAUUGCCUGGCAUGGCCUGGCGAGCAUCUUGCCGACUACAAACUGGAGCUGAACUUCCAGGCUCGGCUGGCCCACCUGCGCCCAACAGAGUCGGAGCAGACACUAUCGGCCAGCAGCAGCCGGGAGUACGGCACCACACUCUGGCAGAGCUUCCACUUCAGCAAUGCCACGAGCCUCAAAGCUGGGCUCGCCUUCACGCUGACUGUGGAAGCCUCCAACAUCUUCACGGUGCAGAAGGGACGCAGCGAAUCCAGCACCCGCCAGGAGCGUGUGGAGGUGCAGCUGCCGGCGAAGAUCCCCCCACGCACAGCGCUCAGCAUCCAAGUCUUGCGGAAGGAGGUGACGCUCUCCGUCCCCGUGCUGCUCACCAUCACCCAGAACGAGGUUGUUCGUACGGAGAUGGGCGAGUACCGCAGUGUCUCGGGCACCAACGUCAGUGCGCGAUACAGCCUGAAGCCACUACCAGCCACGGGCAGGGAGCAGGCAGCCACCGGGGGGGCAGACGGGGGG